AACUCGCUGAACGUCGUUCGAAAAGCCCAGCAUGCAUUGAGUGAACUUUCAAGGAAGAUCAGCUAUGGUGCAUACGACGCGGGACGGAGCCAUCGGCCACGCGUGGGUCUACUUUGCCGUCCUCGUUGGUGCUUACUUGAUUUACCGAUUGCGGAAUUACAUCAGAAUAGUGAUAUUCGUAUGGGGCUUGCGCGGACCACCGGCGGUGCCCCUCCUAGGAAAUGCAAACGUCUUCUACGACAAGGACGUGCUCCAUAAGAUGUCUCACGAGAUGCACAGAGACUACGGACGAGUACUCCGAGUAUGGAUGACUUGCUUCCCUUACGUUAUACUGCACGAGCCAGACGACAUCCAGAUAGUCCUCGGUAAUCCUAAGCAUACCGAGAAGAUCUAUCUCUACAGACUGCUGGACAACUUUAUCGGUAAAGGUUUGAUCACCAGAGAAGCGCGUACUUGGAAGAGACAUCGCAGGGUCUUGCAACCAGCUUUUCACCGGAACGUCUUGGAGGGAUUCACGGAAUCCUUUGGCCGUUCCGCCGCGAGACUGGCAAACAAGUUCCUUGACAGCCACGGAAAGGACGUGAACAUUACGUCUUUCGUCAACGACACGGUUUACGACAUCCUGAAUGAGACGGUGCUGGGCCUGACGCGGGAGGGCCGCGAGAAGCAGAGGAUAGAUGACGCGGACCUACCCUUCAGGAAGGGGCAAGUCUUCAUGCCUUACCGCCUGAUGCGUCCCUGGCUACUGAUCGACUGGGUCUAUCGUAUGACGGACGUCGGGAAAUCGGAGGAAAAACAGCGUGAGAACCUGUUCAGGGCGUGCAAAAGAAUGAUGGCGAUUAAGCGGGAGGUGAUGCGCAGCGGCGACGACUCAGAAAGACCCCGGGUAUCGUUGGUUGGAAGGGAAACUUCCCUCCUGGAGUACAUGGUCGAGAUUAACGAGAAGGAUCCGAAUUUCACGGACGAGGAUAUCAUUGACGAGUGCUGCACCUUCAUGCUCGCCGGCCAAGAAUCCGUGAGCACUGCCACGGCGUUGACGAUGUUCCUUCUGGCCGGUAAUCAGGACUGGCAGGAGAAGUGCGUCCAAGAGCUGGAGAAGAUUUUCGGUCCCGAUUCGAGGGCUCCGAGCAUGAGGGACCUCACGGAAAUGAGGUGUCUGGAGAUGUGUAUCAAGGAGACCCUCAGGUUGUACCCUAGUGUCCCGCUGUUUGCGAGGACUUUGGGCGAAGACGUCAAAAUAGAAGAUCACGUUAUCCCAGCCGGCUGUGGAGUAAUCAUAAUGCCGUACUGUACUCAUCGUCUUCCGCACCAUUACGACGAUCCCCAUGCCUUUGACCCUGGUCGCUUCGACGGGGCAAACUCGGAGAGAAGACAUCCUUACGCUUAUUUACCUUUCAGCGCAGGCCCCAGGAAUUGCAUAGGCUACAAAUUCGCAUUGUUGGAGAUGAAAGCAAUGAUCAGUGCCGUACUUCGCACCUGGCAAUUGGAGCCUGUUCCUGGGAAAAAGGAAGUACAACCCAAAUUCAGAUUGACUCUAAGAGCUACGGGUGGAUUGUGGGUGAAAAUGAAAAAGAGGACAGCUACCCAAAACAUCCAUCCUGUUUAGAGUCCCCGAUCCGCGCGUGUAGGGUCCAGGCCCUGAGAAAGCCUCUAUCAGAAAAUAUUAUGAUUUUCCAGUACACCGAUCACCCAACCGUGUUAAAAAAAGAAUUUGUAUCCUAUGUAUCUCCCCAGAAAAAAAAAGAAAUCCCGACAACGCUCGGCUCAAUUUCAAUGAAAGGACAUUGUCCUUCUGGCUCAUGAAUAGGCAAAUGCGGAAAAAAAUCAGCGAAGCCGAGGCAGUCGAGAAGACCCGCCAAAAAAAUCACGAUCCCCUUGUACUCACCUCGGAAAUCGCUUGAAAAGUCGACCAAUCAGUUAGCGGGACUUCUAGUCCCGUUUUCGCUAAACGACUACAUUGGAGUAAAACAAGUAGAGGAAUAAACGGCAGUAGUCUAAUCGGCCC